ACCACCGCCUCUAAUUUCGUCUUCACACGCUUCAUCUUCUGUAGCUACCCUUCAUCUCUCUCUAUAUAUAUCAAAUUUUCUUAGUAACAAUUUCAUGCUACUGUCAUGGGUGACUCUUCUUCUUCUUCGUCUUCGUCUUCUUCUCCUGCUUCAUACAUUCAUUUGGUGCAGCAUCUGAUCGAGAAGUGUUUGAUAUUUCACAUGAGCAAGGAAGAAUGCAUGGAAGCACUUUCUAAACAUGCAAACAUUAAUCCUAUUAUAACAUCCACUGUGUGGAAUGAGCUAGAGAAGGAAAAUAAGGAAUUCUUUGAGCCUUAUUACAUGAAGUGGAAGGGUAAAGACGAAAGAGUGUCUGAGGAAGAGACAACAGAGAUAAUACAGAGGACGAUCUCAGAGUCAGAUUCCUUUAAAGAUGCAAAAGACAGUUGAAAAGGAUGUCACCUUUGGGUUUUGCUAAAGUUUUAGAUUCUUCAUUCCUUCAACACACGAUAUAUACUACUAUGUCUGGUGAUACCUUGUACA